AUGCGUUUUAAUGAAAUCGACCUCUUCCAGGCUGAGCAUAGUAAGAAGCAACAAGUGACCUUAAAAACCGCGGGGAUAAAAAUACUGGCGGUUGAUCGAGAGUUUUGCACGCCGCCGCUGAGCCAGCGGGUAGAUUGGGGUAUGAUUGGAAGAAUACGAUUGACGAAUGACGCCGUAGUAGAGAGCUGGUUGGUGCGCGGAUACUGGGACGCAAGAGGGGACGGCACCUUUCGCACCGCCACGGCAACGUUCAACACGAAUAGGAGAAUUGCGGCCACGAAAAUCGAGACGAGGGAGCGAGGGGCACUUAGCCCUUUGGCGAGCUCGAAGGAUGCAGCUCCCAGGCGGGAGCACGAGGAUUCCGCCCGCGAGAGCACCGGCUUCUCUUCUGGUAAUCAUCAACGGCAACAACAUCGCGACGACCACCGGGAGCAAACGCAUCAGUAGCAAGAGCAGCAGACGCGGCGGUCCCGGUUGCAACAAUCACCGUAGCAGAAGUAGUAAGAAACGCGAUAGCAGCGGAUACAGACCCUAUAACGAAUCGACCCUUCCGAAGAAAACCCGCCAUCCCGAGACGAAGGCGGACGGCCGACACCGAGUCACCGUGCAGCAGCAACCUCAGCCGUUGGCGUCAGCUCUACGGCGGAAGGUGCGGGGCGAGGAAUAGUGAAGAGAAAGCGCAAAAAAAGCGAGAAACGACGGAAGAAGAAGAAGAGGAGGCGCGAGAGAAGGAGAAGAAGGAGAAGAGGAGGAAGCAGGAGUUCGUUGGGAAAGAGAAGGGUGCCGGCGUCGUCGUCGU